UCCCAACCCAAUUGAAUGCGAGCAGAGUUCUAAUAAGCGAGAGCCACGCACGCUGGCGUUAAGCCACUACCCCUACCAAACUCCUGCCUCGUGCUUCCUCAUCAAUUCUCCCCUCUCUCUUACCUGUCUACCACGCACGUGCCGCAGCUAACCAGAGCAACUUCUAUAAUCCCACCUCCCUUCCUCCACGCUCCUUCAAUCCCCCUCCCUUCUCCACCUUUAUCCCUUCAGUCUUCCACUCCUAAACUCAUCCAUGGCUCCCGCCGCAAUCUCACACCACUCUCCCAAGACCGUUUGCGUCAUGGACUCUUCCAGCCGCCUUGGCGCCGCUCUCGUCGACCGCCUCCUUCACCGCGGCUACACCGUCCACGCAGCCGCCUUCGCUCGCGUUGAUGCGACGAAGACGGCCUGGAGCGAGAACAAGCAGGUGAGGGUUUUCAGAGCAGAUCCUUUGGAUUACAACAGCAUCGCCGGCGCGAUUCGGGGUUGCUCCGGCUUAUUCUACACCUUCGACGGCGAGUCCAAUUACGACGAGUUCAUGGUUGAAAUAGAGCUGAGAGCCGCUCAUAAUGUGUUGGAAGCCUGCGCGCAGGCGGACGCCAUGGAGAGGGUGGUCUUCACCUCCUCUGUUACAGCAGUAAUAUGGAAUGAGAAGCUCAAAAUUGCAGAGGAUGUUGAUGCGAGGGAUUGGAGCGACCCUAAUUUCUGCCGAAAAUUUAAGCUAUGGUAUGCUUUGGCAAAGACGCUCUCCGAGAAGACGGCUUGGGCGCUCGCCAUGGACCGAGGCGUCGACAUGGUGGCUGUGAACGCAGGGCUAAUCCUCGCCGGAUCCGAGCUGUCGCUUUCGAACCCUUAUCUAAAGGGCGCGCCCGAGAUGUAUGAAGAUGGAGUGCUGGUGACAGUGAAGCUCAAGUCUCUAGUAGAUGCUCAUAUCCGCGUCUUCGAAUGCCCAGACGCCUACGGUCGAUAUCUUUGCUUCAACCACGCAAUCUGCCACCCUGAAGAUGCUGUCAAACUCGUUUGUAUGCUCUCCCCCGGGCCGAGUCCUCCUUCGAGUGAAGGGUUGAGGGUGAUUCAGGAGAGGAUACACAGCAAGAAAUUAAACAAGCUCAUGUUGGAAUAUGGAGAUGGAUUGUGAGCAGCAGAAUAGGCAGUGGAGGUUUAUUUCCAUUUUCAUGGUGUUGCUGAAGAAUGGAGCAUCACGGGUUUAUUAUUAUUAUUGUUUAAUAACAUUCUGUAUUUAUACAUUAUUGGGGCAUAUACAUACAUACCAUUCAAUUCUUAUGCAUUUACAUAUCUAACAUCUAAAUUUUAAUUGCAACAUUUAUACCAGCUAAGUCCUCCACAUCACAUCAAAAUACCACUAUUUUAAUUUUAAGAAGUGAAUUGUAUCUUUUGGUGCAUAGGUAAGAUGAUAUAUAUGUAAAAUUUGAAGUUCAGCGGUUAGAUAUGUAAAUGCAUUAGAAUUAAGUGGUAUGUAUGUAUAUCGUCCUUCAUUAUUUGUAUUAUUCAAUUUAAUGUUAAGAAGGUUUUCUUUCAUUU